AUGCCUCACCCUCUUGCCUUGUUCUCUCUGACACCGCUCAACAAGCGAGCUGAGCAAGUUGUAGAGGAUCCAUGCAACAAGCACCUCGUUUCCACCUUGGAAGGCGGUGCAUCGGCGCUCGAUGUCGGUCAGGUUCGGCCGGCAUCAGCGGACGAUGCCACCUUGGCGACACUAGGACGCUGCGGCGAUAUCUUUGUUGAGGGCGCUAGUAUUUCGAAGAUUCAAUGCUCGUUCGAGAUUGACCGAGAAACCGGCAUCGUCAUGUUCUACGACAGAUCCCACGGACAGACAAGCCAGGUCUACGGCGAAAAUGCAGUGCAAUUCGAGCAUGGGCGUCCCCGCAAAGUCGUCGUGCAGCAGGACCUCAACACCAUAAUUGGAAUGGGUGGCGUGGGCCGUAAUCUCGUGCGAUUCCAGCUACGAUGGCACUAUACCCCCGAUGAGGUGAUGGCGAAGGUCAAGGAGCGACAGAGCAACAGUGUGCAGUACAACCCCCGUCUCGCACGAACCCUUAAUGAGGCCGACACAGUCGCACCCUCCCGAAUGGGGACUCGAAUACAUACACCGGGGCCGCGGCAGCCGAAAGUGAGGUGGAAACAAAUAGGGAAGGCUCUAGGAGCUGGGCAGUUUGGUACAGUCUAUAAAGCCUUAGACCUAGACUCGGGCAGGAUCAUGGCUGUGAAAACGACGGCGAGGCCCCCCGGUGUAAAUGGGGAUCAUUUGUGGGCGACGUUAAAGCGUGAAGUCGAAAUCCUUUCCAGUAUGAGUCAUAACUAUAUCGUGGACUACAUUUUCUCGCAGGGUUGGGAAGAAGGCGGAGCUGAGAUCUUCAUGGGACUGAAGGAAGGCACACUCGAAUCUCUAGUGCUCCAUGGCUGCUCAGUCCCUGCUCACGAGCUCGCUAGUACGGUCUUCCAUCACAUGCUUCAAGCCCUCGAUUUCCUUUCGGCACAGGGCAUCAUCCAUCGAGACUUGAAGCCAGAAAAUAUCCUAUACAUGUCCUGCGGAAACGGAUACCACUUUCAACUUGGCGACUUUGGCCUCUGCAACCGCCAAGCUCUCGCAAAAACAUUCGCCGGCAGCCCGCUAUAUAUGGCCCCAGAAAUGUACUACGGCGGGAAGCAGACGUCCAAGGCUGAUGUCUGGUCGCUCUUCGUCGUUACCCUGUGGACGCUAGAUGUAGGCGGGUUCCGUCGGCUCGAACGGACGUUCUCCACCUAUGACCAUGUCCAGAAGACCGUCUUGUCACUUGCCAACAGUUCAGCUCUUUCAAAAGCCAGGGAGAUGGCAAGGGUCGAUUUCAGUACGCGGGCUUCCGCAGCACAGAUGCUGGUUCGGUGCUUUAGAGGAGAAGGGCUCACGACUCCGAUAAGUCAAAUCCCUCCGAUUGUCGAUUCUGUCGACUCGGAGGAUGGUGCAGCUUCGCCUGCAGACGCCAAGAGCAAGGCGCCCGCCGCAAUGCCAGACACGAACGCCGCCGGCCGCACUCCGGUUGCUGCCAAGGAACGGCUAGCGACUGCAGCCGCCAGGGGACGCGGGAUUGCCAAGAAUAAGUCCCGACUGCCACAGAGGAGGUUGUUGCAGCCGGAUCCCGUUGACGUCCUCAUAAGGCAACCAGGCCCAUCUGGUGUAAGGGACGUUCCAGAAAAAGCACCGGCUGGUCGGCGACCGCCCGGCUCUCAAGCUACGAAUGUUUACCAAAUACCCGGAGCGUUCCCUAGGAGCUAA